CAAAAAUUUCUUAUAGCACACAGAACAUGUUCGAAUCUGCAUCAAGAGAGCCUGAUUAAAAUAUACUUUUUCUUAUACCUUUUUUUAUUUUUUAGAUCUUGUUUUCUCUAUUCAGAUCAUUUACCAAGUGCCUUCGGGGAUUUCUCUUUAUUAACCUCGCUAAAAAAUUCAGCGAAGUAGAAUUCUUUAAAGGCAAUUGAAUCUAUCGAAAAAAUAUUUUUCAUGAAUGCUCAAGAGGGCGAAAAUCCUUUCACCAAUUUUGAAGAUGCUGUAGACGUUACUGAAGAUGUUCAAGAUUGGCGCUUUUUGUCGAAUGCUAAAGUAGAGCAAGGUAACUACACAAUUCCCAAGAGGGGAGAAAAAGAUUUUGAGCCAGAUGGAACGCAGAAACAAGAGGGAAUUUUAGAGCUCAGCCGUAAGGCUAUGUACGAUGCAUUAUCAGUAGAAAGACUUAUAUCUUUUAAGCAUGUUAUUAUUGGGGUAUGGAAUUGGGAAAAGAAAAUGGCGUGUGUUGAAAAAGUGCAUGGCCCUUUUUUUAAAACAAUGGGACAAGGUGAUUCAAAAAAUCGUAUGUGGCUUCUCCCUGAAGAAACACUAUAUUUGGUAGAACGAGGAUCCAUGGAAUGCUGGGCACCAGAUGGUGUCCCUAUGAGCCUACAAUCUCUCUACGCAGCAACUAUACCUUUUUGUGGCUCUUUGGAAAACUACAUUGUAUAUGCUCAUUUGCGAAGAUGCGGGUUUUCAGUUGUACGAUCAAGACAAAUACAAAGAAACUACGAUAACUUAUCUAAAUCUAUGGAUAAUGCAAGGAUAGGCUUAUGGAGUGUCGGGAUGAAAAAGGUUUUGUCUGCUUUUCAUUAUAUGAGCUAUAUGAAACUCUGGUUGCCAAAAUGCAAAAAAGCUCACGGCCUCUUACCGGACAAAACGUACAGAGACUAUAGACAAGUAUACGAGGAAAUUCAAGUUGUCCCCGGAUACUCUCCAAAAUCAUUUAGCUGUGAGAAAGAGCCUGAAGCUCCCUUUCAACUUACCUUUGACGUCUAUAAACCAUCCCAAAUUUUUAAAAAAUCUUCCUUGAAAGAACCAGAUUUUAGAAUCUGUGUCGUUGAUGCUCAAAGUACAAUCGUGCCAACGUGUACGCAACUUAAUCGUCUCUUCGGCAUAGUCCCUAUCCAAGAAAAUACGUCUAAGCAUAUGAUGCAAAGACUAAAAGAAGGAGUUAGGAAUGUCAUUUUUGCUGUUGUUGACUGUGGUGUCGUUAGUUAUGUUCGAUUUUCUGAUGUAUGUAUGAAUGAAAACUUAUUUCUUGAGCAACCAAGAAAGCGCGGAAAAGGAGAUGGAAACAGAAAGGGACUAAUAAACAAUAAUUACAAUAGAGGUAAUUGAUAUAUUUUCCUUUUUGUUUACCUUUCAGCCUCUAAUGUAUGAUUGGUAAAGUCCAAAAAAAGAAUUACAUCGACUGUCGGUUCAUCAGACACUUCUUUUCAGAAGAGUCAAUGACUUUUGUCUAUGAUUACCUAUUAUAUACUAAGUGAAGCGAGACUCAUUUCAAAUAGAAGCAUUCAAUUUGAAAUCUAUAUGCUCAACUAAUUCAAUGAUAAAGUACCCUAUAGUCCAUGAGGAGAGUUUCAGUUCUACUCAUCAUGUUCAAUAUAGAAACAGCAUUUUCAAUGAUCAAAGGAAAUGAUUUCUUUCAGUUGAGGGAGUUAUUAAAACUUUUUGCAUUUUAUUAUUGAAAAGGUCGAAUAUUCAAUUCAAUAGGCAUAGUCCGUUUCAAAUAUCACUUUUAAAAGAGAUGAAUGCAUGCUUUCUUUGGGUAAACGUGCAAAUCUAAAUAUUAUUGUACUUUUAUUAAUUGAACUGUUCAUUUGGUUUUCUCAAAAUUUGUGAAAAUUAAUUGCCGACGCUAUUAG